AAAUAAUUGAAAAUCCCUGUGUCGCUCAUUUUCCACUCUUUUGUAAGAAAUUCAAAAACCCACACUGACACUUCACACAUUUCCUCGUCUUCUCUACGGUUUUUUUUUUGGGUUUUCCUCUCUUCGUUUCGAUUUCACCAUAAUGCUAUCAAAUCCGUAGCUUUUGAUUGCGAAAACGUAAAAAAGCAAACCCAAACCAAUGGCCGUGGCUUCUCUCUACUCCUCUCCUUGUUAUGUGUUCGCGUCUCUCCUCUGCUUCCUUCUUCUCUCCGGCGUGUCUUUCGCGGCGGACCCUUUCGUCUCCUACGACUUCAAAGUUUCGUACAUCACCGCUUCCCCUCUCGGCGUUCGUCAGCAGGUUAUCGCCAUCAAUGAUCAGUUUCCAGGACCUCUGCUUAACGCUACUACCAACUUCAAUGUUGUUGUUAAAGUCUUCAAUCAUUUGGACGAGCCUCUCCUCUUGACUUGGAAUGGCAUUCAAAUGAGGCGUAACUCGUGGCAAGACGGUGUUCUUGGCACAAACUGCCCAAUUCCUCCGAGAUGGAACUUUACUUACCAGUUUCAAGUGAAAGAUCAGAUUGGGAGCUUCUUCUACUCACCUUCUCUCAACUUUCAGAGAGCCUCUGGGGGGUUUGGUCCCAUCGUGGUUAAUAACCGGAACAUUAUUCCCAUCCCUUUCCCUCAGCCCGACGGAGAAAUCAUCUUCAUGAUUGGUGAUUGGUACACUCAGGACCAUAAAGCACUAAGGAGUAUGCUUGACUCUGGGAAAGAACUUGGGAUGCCGGAUGGAGUCCUCAUCAAUGGGAAGGGUCCUUACAAGUACAACAGUAGUGUACCUGAUGGAAUUGAUUACUUGACCGCUCAUGUUGAACCAGGAAAAACAUACAGAAUCCGUGUUCACAAUGUUGGGAUCUCGACAAGCCUGAACUUCAGGAUGCAGAACCACAAUUUGCUUUUGGUAGAAACUGACGGUCACUAUACCUCACAGGCGAACUUUACCGAUUUUGAUAUUCAUGUAGGGCAGUCGUAUUCAUUCUUGGUCACCAUGGACCAAAACGCCACAAGCGACUACUACAUUGUGGCCAGUGCUAGAUUUGUGAAUGAAACCGUGUGGCAAAGAGUCACCGGUGUCGCCAUUCUCCAUUAUUCUAAUUCCAAGGGACCUGCUUCUGGUCCUCUACCAGUUCCAAAAACAGAUGUUUCUGCCCCGUGGUCAGCAAUGAGCCAGCCGAGAGCCAUCAGGCAAAACACAUCUGCUAGUGGAGCUCGUCCAAAUCCGCAGGGAUCAUUUCACUACGGCCAAAUAAACAUCACUAACACAUACAUCUUGCAAAGUUUGCCUCCAACAACGAUCAACGGGUCACUUCGUGCUACACUCAACGGGAUUUCGUUUGUGAAUCCAAGCACUCCGGUGAGGCUUGCCGAUCGCAAUAAAGUGAAAGGAGCGUAUAAGCUGGACUUCCCUGACAGACCUUUUGGUAGACCCCCUCGCUUGGACAGAUCUAUCAUCAACGCAACAUACAAGGGCUUUAUACAAGUUGUUUUCCAGAACAAUGACACCAAGAUGCAGAGUUUCCAUGUGGACGGCUACACGUUCUUUGUUGUUGGGAUGGACUUUGGUAUUUGGUCAGAAGACAAAAAGGGUUCAUAUAACAAUUACGAUGCCAUCUCAAGAAGCACAAUCGAGGUUUACCCAGGAGGAUGGACAGCUGGACUAAUUUCCCUUGAUAAUGUCGGAGUUUGGAACAUCCGAGUAGAGAAUCUUGACAGAUGGUAUCUUGGUGUAGAAACUUACAUGCGAAUCACAAACCCUGAGGAGAAUGGCCAGACAGAGAUGGAUCCACCUGACAAUGUUCUUUACUGUGGUGCCCUUAAGAACUUUCAGAAGGACCAACACCACUCAGCUGCAACAUCUACAUUAAAUGGACACUUGAAGCUGAUGUUUAGCAUACUAAUGGCGUUGCUUGCCACGGUUUUCACCUUUUGCUGAGUCUUUUACAUGUUUGUGCUGAUCAACCGGCCGGGGAAGUGAAGUUCUCCGGUCUGUUUUUCUUGAUCUCCCUACUACUAGCUUGGCUGUAGAUCGUCGUAGAAUGUUAAACGUUGGAUUUUAUCUUAGUGAUUUUUAGAUUAAUUUACCCCCAUUGAUCCAUAGAUCUUUGAUCCCCAUGGAUCAGAGCAACUUCUGGUUCUUGUGUGGUUUUAGAUCAAAUUGGUUUCAGAAUCGUGUUUCUUGUUCUUUGGUACCACUCUCAGCAAUUGUGAUGAAAACGUAAGUUUUGUUUUUGUUUUUGUCAAUUAAACUAUUCACAUCCUU